AUGCAGGCACGGAAAUUGAACACAGGCCACUUGAGUGGGAGGUGGGCGCUCUCACCACUGCGUCAUCCCCGUGGAUUGAUAUUUCGUAUUUCAAACAGAAUACCAUAGCAAACUAGUCAAAGGGAUUCUGUCACAAAAGCUGAUUCCUGUCAGUUUAUACAAGAAUCUAUAUUUUCUCCCCUCUAAACCCUAAGCAGGUGCCUACCUGCCUAUGUGCUCGCUGUGCUCUUGCCCAUUCUACGCGACAUAAAAAAUCGAAGCAAAUUGCAGCAUAAUAGUCUACCAAGAUUAGAAAUUUUAGGGUUCACUCAACUAUUUAGUUAUCAGAUAAAGGUGGAAAGUGAUAGGGGCAUGAGGAUGAUCAUGUGGAUAAGAAAGGGAAUAUUUUCUCUAUUAAUGUAAAAGUAAGUUACGUUUUCAUAAUUCCUUAUGGUAAGGGAAAAGGUGGGUCUCUAAGGUAAAAUAACUAAUUCAAGGCGACUUAAUGGACGAGCGGGCCCUAAAUUUCUUAACCUUUGAAGAAUAUGAUGUAUUUUUGUAUAAUAGUUGAAGGGUCACAGAUGUCAGUCAAAAGAGUACUAAGAACUGUCAUCUAGAGAAAAUCAUGGUCGUCUUGAGAAUCAGAAGUUGUCUUCUUCGUUCGUUCUUGAAGGACUGAUGGAGACUUCUUGUCUCUUUUACAAAAAAUUCUCCUUGUCCAAGAGACAUUUCACGAGACUGGCAAAGUAACCGAACAAUCCACUCAGGAUAUAGCCUGUUAUAACAUGAAAUUCCAUAACAUGAAAAUGUAAGCAAUUUGGUAAGAGAUUAGUGGCAUUAAGAAGAAAGAAUAAUUUUUAACGCUUCAGCACAAUUCGUCGCCUAAUUCCGAGGCAAGUUGCGGGAAACUUUUUAUCUUGUGACAACAUCUUAAUCAGUAUGCCAAUAAGAAAAUUGCAGCCAUAGCAACAGGUUGCUAAGGCAAUCAAGUGUUUGAUUGGUCGGUAAAAUCGGCAGAUUACGUCACUGCAAUCAAACACACUUGAAGGUAACGCUGAAUAAAAACUAUUUCUGAAUAUCUCUGAUGGAGAAUUGUGGCGAGUCAUUUGCCAUGUUCUGAUGAAAUUGAGUAUUACUAUUUCACUGAUUGACAGAAGGUCCUCAACUUAACUUAAAGUUAUGUUGCUUUAAAAAUAUUACGGAAACGUGAAAAAAGUGUCACAGAUUCCAGCACUGAUAAUACAGCUGACUGCGCAUCUGAGGUAGAAAAGUUUGCACUCGUCUGACUUGCUUUUGUGGUGGAAUAUUCUUCGACUUUUGGCUAAAGGCAUCAGUACGAGGUAGGUUUUCAACCGAUCCAUCUUGAGCUCGUGUGCUUUUUUCACUUUGUUGAACCUCUGAUAAUAAAUCCAACGUAAACGUUAUGCUCAACUGCUACGAGAAGAACAUAUUUCUCUAAGCCUUGUGUUAUAGUAUCAUUCAGUUUGACCUCUUGCACAGCUACAAGAUGCGUUUUGUACAGAGUCCAUCUCCUAACAUUCGAUCAAAAGUGCCAUUUCAUCCCGCUAAUUCACGCCAGUUAAAUAUUUAAUCACUUCAUGGCGAGUUUUAACAACCUUGUUUACACUUAUCAAAGAUAUACAAUAUACAAUAACUCUUGUCAGUGGGACUAUUUGGACGAUAUUCGCUAAUAUAAACACUGCAUAUUUAGUAAAUGGUUCACUUAGCAUCGCACUAACACACAACACGUGCAAAGUACUUUAGGUUGUACUUAGUGAAGAGCUUGAAGUAAAAUUAACAACGCCGUAGUAAAAUAGGAUCUAAAUUUGCACCAUAACAACGUUCUUCUGAGCGCAACUAACAAUUUGAGAGUGUUCAGAAAGAUUAGCGGAUAUCACUGUUGCGUAGAAUAACACUCUUUUUCUCACAAAACCGAGAGGCUUGUUAUUUUUUAUGGCCUGAAGACUGUCUCAGAAGAAAGGUGACAUUUUAUUUACCAAAACUUGCCGACUUCUAAAAUCGAGAGUAUAAGUAUUAAUUAAUGAGCUGAAUAAUCUUUUCUUUACACUAAGGUGUACUGGAGUUAACAAUACCUCUUUGAAUGUGACCACCUGAACAGAACAUCUAUUGUUAAGAUAUUCAAUUGAGAGGCAAGAAAAGUUAUUCAUUUGCAAAUUUUAGUCAUCUUUAUGCAGAGUCCCUUCCGGCCAUAGAAACUUGCAGAAUAGUUGAAAAUACCUUUUUUCAAUGAAAACUCAAAGCUUCUUUGAAGUGAUAAUCGAGUAAAAACUGCUUGAUCGCCAUAUAUUUCUACUAGUUUUUGCGAAUCCAUGUCAAAAAAAUUUGAUACGAAGAUCCUAUGUUUUAAUGACAUGGCUUAUGUUAUCUACAGUGGCAUGUCAUAGCACAUGAAAGCAGAAGAAAUUCGUGUGAGAGAAGGACAACGAAAACCAAACCUAAUGGGUCUAUUAUCAAUUGUUGAAAGUUAAAAUGCAGUUAAACCCGCAGGUUUCUCUUGGCAAGGCUAGUGUUGUUGGCAAGUUGCACUUUGCAGAAAAAUUUAACGACGCUUCUGAGAGACUGGUGUUGAACCCAAGACAACAUGAAUGAAAGGCAUCGAGACAUCUUGCGUCGCCACUGGUCGGCGCUCAGGAGAGACUUGGAACCAGUUAAGCUUCUACCUUAUCUGGUAAACGUAUUGGACGUCACAGACGAACAGGAAGUGAAGGUGAAGGCCACACGAGAGGACAGAACAGACAAACUGUUAGAGAUCCUACCCAGGAGAGGACCAGCUGCUUUUGAUGAGUUUGUGACAGCAUUACAAGAAAUCCAGCCAUUUUUAGCUACUCCUUUGGUCAAAGAAGCUGGUAAGUCACCCAGUAAUGGAAGUAAUGACAUUGUAGAAGAAAUACUUGGGGAGGAGAGGGGCGGGGGGUGAUGUAGACGGGUGAAGGAGUGGUGGGUGAGCCUCGAAAGGUCAUGAUGAGUUUACGUCAAAAAAAAAAAAAAUUUAAAUCUAUAUCGACAAUAGGCAUGCGUAUUUUAUUUUUGGAACCGGAAUUUCCAACUGACUUUUUUCUCAAUCGAUCCUCAUACUUAUUCCUUAUAAACAGGAAUGGGAAAUGAAUCGAAAAAUAAAGACAUAAAUAUGUAAAGUUUUCCCGGUUGGAAACACGCAGUGAUUUUAAGGCAUUACUUGUGUGGAAUCGUUCUUAUCUAUAAUCGCUUAUCUCUUUAAUCAUUAAUAGCAAGGCCCAGCAAAGUCUUACAGGAUUAAUUAACAAACAAGCAAAAUACAUAACAAAUUCUAUUUAUAAGAUGAGGCUAUUUUAGCGCGGCUGAAGUGAUGUAUCAUCCGAUACCUGAGGUUAAUUGCCGACAUGAUACUCCCCACUGAUUACCAAAAUAGAGCAUGACAGUUGAAUAGAGCUGGGCAACAAAUGCUUGAACAAUUUGGGCCCAUCGUCCGAAUAUAAAAAUAUUCAGUGGAACUCAGACCCAGACCACUCCAAAUUUUUUUGCACCAAUGAAUGUUAAGAAAUGGAGGAGAACCGUUAAAAUUGAACAAAAAAAAUAGAAUGAUUACAAAAUAAAAACACCGAAGGGUACCAAAAAUGUUACUAAAUGGCUUUCUCUUUUCUAGAAAUGGAGGAAAUAAAGACAGAGCUUAACCGCGCAAGAACGCACAGUGCAAGGUUACGUGAAGAAGUUCGUCUGAUAAGGACAGGUUUAGAAAACGAGCAACAAAAUCAUAGGAAAACGCAGAAAGAACUCAAGGAGCUAAAGAGCAUACACGAAACGCUUAUGGUGAGAAGUAACGACGACCAGAGGAUUUUGCAAGCACAAGUUAAAGAAUUAGAGAAUAAAAUCAAAACCACGGAGGAAGAAUUGUCCGCUAAAGAAGUUUUCGUUGAGGAAACAGAUCGUUUAAGAAAAAUGUGUGAUAAGCUGGACGAUGAUUUGAGAAACCUUAGGGAAAACUUUGAAAAGACAUCCGAGGAAAAUAAAGAACUUGCGAAAAAACUGUCAGGCUACCAAAACAAUACUUUAAAUCAAAGCAACUCACCUGAUAUGACCAGUCUGAUGUCCAUGCAAGUGGGGCUUAAAAUCUACAACGGGCACGAGCCAAACUUUCAUCUUAUUGGAAAUGCAGACGAGGAGAUGAAGCUCGCAUUUCGCAAAAACAGCGCCAUCUCAAUAGAACUGCUAGAUGAGGCAAGGAAAGACUUGGCUAAUGUAACAAAAGAACGCGAAGAUUUGAAACAAAAAUAUGAAGAGCUUGAGAGACAACUCGAGGACACCCUCGAAAGUUUGGAAAGGAAAAGAAGUGCCAGUUUUCACGACCGAGCGACGUCUCCCAGAGAAAUGAAGCAGGAUGACUCUGAAGGUAAGUUAGUAAAGUAUAUCUGUCAUUGCGGAUUAUAUUUUAUUUUAAUAAUUGUGAACAAACGCAGCAGGUUUUUAACGCCAGCUUUUUUUUUUUUUUAACCUUUUUGAGUCUUUCGAGUCGUCGUAAUCACCAUAUUCAGUCUUUUGCGCUUCGUGCUCGUUACGAAUCGCUCGUAGCUCGUGCUCGUCACGGGUCGCUCGUUGUUCUUCCUCGUCACGGGUCGCUUGUCAUUCGUGCUCGUCACAGGUCGCUCGUCGUUCGUGCUCGUCACGAGUCGCUCGUAGUUCGUGCUCGUCUUUUAGGGUUUACGAAACCGCUUGAGGGGAGGAAAGGGGAACAUGAAUUUACUGGUAUUUAAUUCACAAUAAGUUUUAAACAGAACUUGCGUCUUUGGGUGUUUCCCUAACUACAAAGGUUUAUAUCCACUCGUUUUGCACAAGUGCUUAUAAUCUACUUCUUUCCGAAUGGCUUUGGAGGAGGUCUAUGCAUCAUCACCACUAACGAGACGGUCUGGCAUAAGUAUCAUAACUGUGUAGAUUGGAUCGGAAUAUACAAAGUCCAGUCAAGCAGGGUAGAGACCAUCAAUUAUUCUUUUUGGUUUGCUCAUUUAUUUUUACUUGUUUUCUUUUUUGCGUAGAGGAUAAUCAAUGUUCGCGUUGUGAUGCGUUAGAAGAAGAAUGUACCUUAUUACGAACUGAGAGAGACUUCAUCAAAGGAAAGAAAGUUAAGUUUGAAGAAGAAAUUAAGACAUUAAACAAAGAUAUUGAAGAUCUUCGCUCUGAGCACAUAAAGGAGAAAAAGACUCUACAAAGGGAAAUACAAGUUAUGAGAGAAGAACAUGAAAACUUGACGAGGGACUUUGAGAAAGAGUUACAAAAGAUGUUGUGUGAAGUGAACGAACAACAAAUUGCUGAGAUGAAAAUGUUGCAAGGGAAAAAUGAAGAACUAACUGAGCUUUUGAAAAAACAAAAAUCAGAGGUUCAAAAGAUCUCCACCCAACUGAAAAAAGAAAAAUCAAAUUUUGAUAAAAUCGAAGAUGAGUUUGUCAAGGUGAAGAAAAACUUAGCUCGCGAGAAAAAGAAGCUUAAAGAGGCCAAGGAAGGCAUGGCGGCAGAGGCUAAAGGAAAGACAGAUGCCCUGAGAGAACUGGCGAAAUUGAAGGUUGAACUUGGUGAGAAAGAAAAACAAAAGGAAGAAGACUUUGCGCGACUUCGUAAGGACUUCUUGGAUCGUUGUCAUUGUGAAGCGUUGAGGGAAGAAAUCGCAAGACUAAGGAGCAUGCCAGGACGUAAGUAUGGUAACUGCAUUUUAUUAGUGUGCACUGUGAUUGGUCUAGAAACUCACGCCAGCCCAUCGACCGAUCAAAUUAAACAAAAUCCAAUCGCAGCUUGGUCACUCGCGUUUUUCCGCGCUUAAAGCCCUUGGAAGAGCCCUUAGACAUGGAGUCAUCUAUGCAUUAGGAACAAAUUUUGGUACCUCAUCAUGGGUGAAUCCUAGUAGCUCAAACGCUUUUCCGACGAGAAUAAUCGCCACACGAUCUUCUGACGAACAAGGCUCGGCAAGUGAUCUACUAGAUAUUCGGAGAGGCGGAUCAUUAAGCGGCACCAAAGACGAGGAAAAAUCGUGGUGGUGUGUUGACUUGGGCGAGAAAUAUGCUCUUUAUCUCACACAUUACACUCUCAGACAUGGGCGGGACAACGGUAUGUCAAUCAUUCGUAAUUGGCGGCUUGAAGGAUCGUUGGACGGACGUACUUGGAAACUGUUAAAGAAACACGAGAAUGAUCGCGGGCUUAAGGAGCCUUACCCAUAUUACACCGCAACCUGGUGUGUCGAUGGGGAGUUCGGAGCUUUUCGGUAUUUCAGGAUUUUUCAGACGAGCAAGAACUCUUCAGGGAGACAUAGCAUUUAUUUAUCUGGUAUUGAGCUGUAUGGAGUCCUUAUUGAACGACUCGACAGUUAA